AUGUCCAGUCCGGCUAAAAAGCGCAAGAGGAAUGGCGCAGAAUCCUCGUCCCAGAAGACGCGCAGUAUUGAGUCUUUUUUUAAAGGGCAAGCGACCAAGAAAGCGAAGCAGGCGGAGCCAGAGCCAGCACCAGAGCUAGAGCCAGAGGUGACAGAACAGACCUUAUCUGAUGAAGCUUUGGCGCGACAACUCCAAGCACAAUGGAACGAAGAAGAAAGUGCAGCUUCUAAUACAUACGCGAAUCAUCACAUUGAUAAAGACUCUGAGCCAAAAACAUUGCCAUCAGCGCCUACGAUACCGGUAGAUGCAACUCCAGCAGCUCCAUCGACACCAAGGAAGAAUACGCUAUCUCUGCAAUCAUCUGCGGGCUCGGAAGACACAGUAUCACUAGCUAUUCCGUUUGAUCAAAGCCCGCAAAUCUUCGACGCGAGCAAAUACGCGGCCGAACUACGGUCGCACUGGGCUGCUGAGGGUGGCAACGCCUCGUACGCGUUGCUAACAAGGGCAUUCGUGCUUGCCAAUGCGACCACCAGCAGGAUCAAGAUUGUUGAUACAUUGGUCAAUUUCCUUCGAGUAUUGAUCGAGGGAGACCCGUCCAGCCUGCUUCCUGCGGUUUGGCUAGCAACCAACUCGAUUACACCGCCAUAUGAUGAAAAAGAGCUAGGACUUGGAGGCUCUUCCAUCUCCAAAGCUCUCAAGAAAAUAUACGGCCUUGACAACCAAGGCCUCAAAACUCUCUAUAAUAAACAUGGUGAUGCAGGUGAUGUCGCAUUUGAAGCAAAGAAACGGCAGGCAUUUACAUUGGCCAAGCCGAAGCCGCUCAAAAUCAAAGGCGUGUACCAGUCACUACUGAAGAUAGCUACUAGUAAAGGAUCUGGUAGUCAAGAGGCCAAGCAGCGGAUCGUUGAGAAACUACUGCAGGAUACGCGAGGCGCCGAGGAGAGCCGAUACAUUGUGAGAACUUUGGUUCAGAACCUGCGAAUCGGAGCCGUCAAAACUACCAUGCUGAUUGCCCUUGCCCGCGCAUUCCUUUACUCAAAACCCGAGGGUGCUGAAUAUUCGAUUCGGCCGCGAGAUGAGUUGGCUCGGCUGAAGAAAGACGAGCUCGCCGAGAUUUACAACAACGCGGAAGAACUUGUCAAAGCAUCCUAUGCAAGGCAUCCAGACUACAAUGACCUCGUACCAUGUCUUUUAGACGCCGGCGUGACCGAAGAGCUUCUCGUUCGCUGCGGCUUGGUACUGCAUAUUCCACUGAGGCCGAUGCUGGGAAGCAUCACACGCGACCUCGCGGAUAUGUUGACGAAGCUACAAGGGAGAGAUUUCAGCUGCGAAUACAAAUAUGAUGGGCAACGCGCUCAAGUGCAUUGUGACGAAACGGGCAAGGUCUCGAUCUUUUCUCGACACCUCGAGCUCAUGACCGAGAAAUACCCAGACCUGGUAUCUCUAGUGCCACAAAUCCGUGGAGAAAGUGUGUCCAGCUUCAUUCUCGAGGGUGAAGUGGUUGCCGUGGAUAGCGAAACCGGAGAUUUGAAGACGUUCCAAACACUCACGAAUCGCGCAAAGAAGAAUGUGGAAAUCGGAGCCAUCACCGUCAACGUGUGCCUUUUCUCAUUCGAUCUCAUGUAUCUCAAUGGGGAACCGUUGUUGAAUCGACCAUUCCGAGAACGUCGCGAGCUACUCCGGAGUCUGUUCGUCGAGAUACCAAACAGGUUCACUUGGGUGAAAAGUCUGGAUGCAACGUCUGCAGAUUCCGACACUGUUCUGGAGUUCUUCAAAGGCGCUACCGAUGCCAAAUGCGAGGGAAUUAUGGUCAAAGUCCUAGACAACACCACCAGGGCCGAUGACACCAUUCAAAACGCCGAUGUGACAGCUGCAGCCGAUAUUGACGGCAAUCCACCCGAACCACCAGAAGUCAACAACGGCACCAAACCCCCAAAAGAAAAAGGAACUCGACGUAAAGCUCUCCUUUCUUCCUACGAACCAGACAAACGCCUCGAAUCCUGGCUCAAAGUCAAGAAAGACUAUAGCGCCUCCUCGGAAACCCUCGACCUUAUCCCCAUCGCAGGCUGGCACGGCAACGGCCGCAAAGCCAAAUGGUGGUCCCCGAUCCUCCUCGCCGUUCGCAACCCGGAAACCGGCAUCCUCGAAGCAGUAACCAAAUGCAUGUCCGGAUUCACGGACAAAUUCUAUCAGGCAAACAAAGACAAGUAUGCGCCGGGGAGUCACAACGUCAUCUCCCGGCCCAGUUAUGUGGAUUACCACGGCGAACCGGACGUAUGGUUCGAGCCGCAGGAGGUAUGGGAGAUGGCGUUUGCAGAUAUCACGCUUAGUCCAACGUAUCCGGCGGCGAUUGGGCUGGUGAGUGAAGAGCGAGGGUUGAGUUUACGGUUUCCUCGAUUUUUGAAGGUCCGGGAGGAUAAGUCGAUUGAUGAGGCUACUACGUCGGACUAUUUGGCGUUGUUAUGGAGGAAGCAGGGGGAGAAAGCGAAGGCUCAAGGGGAUGGGGAUGGUGGAGAAGAGCAACUAGGAUGGCAGGAAGAAUGA